CUGUCCUCUGCAGCAUUAAACACAUCACAUUCAGUAUUUUUGUUUUUAUCCUUUAUCGGUCUCUGCAGAAGUAAACCAAGGUGUAUUAGCUUGCUAUAAAUAGAGUGACAUUGCAUUGUCAGUGGCGUUGAGGGGAAGUAAGGUCAAAGUAAAGUUGUAAUCUUCUGUGCCGUUAAUGCUUCAAUAAAAGUAACGCAUACAUUUACUCUGAAAUGGACCAUUCUGCCUAAUUAAUACUUUGAUACCAUCUGCUCAUUUUUCUGAUAAUAGUGGGGCUGCAAUUAAGAUUAUUUUUGCUAUUGAUUAAUCAGUCAGUCAUUUGGUCAGUAAAAUGUCAAAAAUGCCCAUCACAAUUAGACAUAAUGAGUUUACUAACAUAGAAAACAAAGGAAAGCAGAUGGUAUUCACAUUUGAGAAGCUGAAGUUUUCUUCAGCUUCAGUUUUCUUUAAAAAGAAUGGCACAAAAUGAUUUAAUGUUUAUCGUUGAUCGACUAACUGGUUAAUCGACUAAUCGAUGCAGCUCUGCUUCUGUAUUUUUUGCUCUAGUUGGAUUUUGGAUAUCGCAUCUGUGCUUUUAAAAGAGUAUUUUUUUUACAUCGUGACAUUACUUCUUCUCCCUAAGUGAAGGAUCGGUGCCGUCUCCGGCGAAGCAGAAGGCCAAGAUGGACGAUAUCGUGGUUGUGGCCCAGGGGACCCAGUCAAUGCGGAACAUCCACAACGACCCAGAUGUCAUAAAGCUUCAAGAAAUACCCACCUUUCAGCCCCUUUUGAAAGGCGUGCUGAGUGGCCAGACGUCACCCAGCAGUGUGUGUCUGGAAAGGCUGGAUGCAGCUCAGGUUCUGCAGCUCUGCGUCCGGUACCAGGACCACCUACACCAGUGUGCCGAGGCCGUGGCCUUCGACCAGAACGCCCUUGUCAAGAGGAUCAAAGAGAUGGACUUGUCAGUGGAAACCUUGUUCAGCAUAAUGCAGGAGCGCCAGAAACGCUACGCGAAGUAUGCCGAGCAGAUCCAGAAGGUCAACGAGAUGUCCCUGAUCCUGAGACGCAUCCAAAUGGGAAUUGACCAGACGGUGCCGCUGAUGGAGCGCCUUAACAACAUGCUGCCUGAGAGCGAGCGCCUGGAGCCCUUCAGCAUGAGGCCUGACGGGGAUUCUGCCGCAAAGUAGCCCCCUGAAAAGCAACACAGCUGCCUUCUACCCAAGUCUCCAUCCAGUCCUCUGUCCAGGAGGAAUCGCAGGUCUGUCCAGCUGUAGGGAUACCAAGUAUUUACACGAGUAGAAGUCUUCAUACAUUAAAGUGUAUUUUGUUUUCAUAGUAGAGGAUGAGCUCAGGCGUAAGACUGCUUUGGUCAGCUCUCCAGAUCACGAUCAGUUCUUUUCCUUAAUGCAGGACAUUUUGCUGAACACACAUGGUCUAAAUAAGCAACAUCCCACGUACUUCAGCACUUCUGAACUGCAAACGCAUUCACACCAGAGUUUAGCCACACCCUCCCGCCACUGGCCGCCGAGCAGCUCUGCGGGAUCAGUUCUGAACCCACCAAGUGCUGCGUUAAAGUGUACCCUGACCAUGCAAGUGGAGGCCCUGGAGAUUAUUAUUCAUCAUCUCUUCCCUGCAGGGAAUAAAACUGGAAAGUUUCCAGCUACAUGCUCUCAUUGCUAAUCCAGAGGCAGGGGAGGAACAAACGCAUAUGAAAGAGACAGAAUGAAUUCCAUAGGCUCCAAAAUCUUUGGAGAUGUGUCGCAAGUUUUAGAGACUCAAAUUUGGGUGUGAGCAACAUAGAAGUGUCUCAAAAUGGUUCGCGCUGCUCUCGAGAUUUGCAUACACCUGUCAAAACAUCAGAGGCGCUUGAGAACUUGCAGUGGAAUCGUUUUGGAUCGCGCACUUCACAUUACAAAUAUUUGUGGUCUGUGAUCCUGAUAUUCAUCUCACUCCCACGCCAUAUUCCUGGUUCCCCGUCUGAAGCGUCCUUCCAAGAACUGCUUGUGUGCAGAGUGACGGCUUUGAGUUUUCUGAACUGCAUCGGCGUAUCAUUUUCGGGAUGUUAUGGCGAAGAGACUCACGGAGUGUACGAAGAAAGAUUAUUACGUCUGGAUUACACAAAGAGCAUGGAUGUGCUGUACAUUUUUUUCUUAUUUAUUUGGAUGCUUGUCCUUAAGCAGUUGUAUCAAGACUUUUUUUUCUUGCAAAACAGUGAAUAAAGAUACAUUUAAAAAAAAAAAAAGAAGGGACUAUACAGACACCCUGAUGCUUCAGGUCAGAAUAUUGGUGGAGAAAAUGGGUGCAGAGGUGAAACCCUAACGUUUAAUGAAGUUAACCCACUCGACACAGAUCUCCGUCCAAACCAUGCUUUUAGAUCAUCGUACCAAAUCCCAGCGUUAACUUCCUGUGUUCGCUUUUCACAAUUAUAGCCAAACAUCACACAUACCAAAGAUUCACAAAUCCUCAAAGCUGUUACACUAUAAGUGGCGUUUGAGAAACAGUCAUAUUUUGUUGGGAAGUGAUCACGUUAACUUCGCUACUUCAUCUGUUGAAUAAUUGUAUCAUAAGUCAUUCUUCAUUAAGCUUAAAGAGCUUCCUAAAUAUUAACGGAAAAAACAAAGUAUUUUCUUGCUUCCUCCCAACUGGUCUCUGUCCAUGCAGGUAGCCUUGGUUUUAUCGGCCCACGUCUAUAAAUAUCUGUCUGCUGCUGCCACCACAUUACAAUGGAUGUAACAGGAAUUUUAUUUCUGGUGCUUACAGCAUUAAGUGUGUGUGCGUGCGUGUGUUUGUGUGGGUUUUUUUUUUUUUUUUUUUUCUCUCAUUACGCUGAGCGAACCCUUUAAGUACAUAAUCACUGGUCAGUUUGCAUUGUGGCAAUA